CUCGGGGAAGGUGGCCGCCAUUUUGUGUGCGACUUUGUGUCCGUGGAAGGCGAGCGCGGCGGCUGCGGGAGGAAAGGAGCGCGGAGCGGGUUAGGCUGUGCCUAGAGAGCUGGGACUUCUACCCUUGAAGGCCGUGUGCCGAGAAUCCGAUGUUGGGCUCGGCUUCCUGGCUGAAAACAGCAAAUCGGCCCAUGAGAACUACCAUUCCUAGCCAAGGGAAGGGAUCCAACAGGAGUCAGCAUCUAUUCUUUCAGGUCUGGCAGCAGGAAAGAGGGCAGGAGGUGGAGACUAAAGAAUCUGAAAAGAGAACUGAAAGGUGACAAUUAGGUUGAAGAUGGGGGGUGGAGAAAGGUUCAACAUUCCAUCUACCCAGCCCAGAAAUGCUACCAAGAACCACCAACAACUGAACAACAGGAAAAAGAGCAAAGAUCAGAAUUCCCAGAUGAAGAAAAUCCACAAGAAAGAGAGGGUACACGGAUGCAGCCCAUCAUCGGUUGCGUGGCAGGCCAUGCAGAAUGGGGGGAAGAACACAAUACAUUUCCCAACUAACCAGACUUGGAAUCCAGCUUUAUCCCACUCAUUUUUCAUGCCUCAAGCCAACCAAAACUAUGCUGGAGCAAAAUUCAGCGAGCCACCAUCCCCAAGUGUUCUUCCUAAGCCACCAAGCCAUUGGGUGACUGUUUCACUUAACCCCGUUGAUAAAGAAAUCAUGACUUUUCAACUUAAGACCUUGCUUAAAGUCCAGGCUUGAGAAAGUGUUAAUUGUACACGGGGAAAAUGAUAUAUCAUAGAUUCAAAUUCCACAGUGUGGGUCCAUGUUGGGUUUCAAAAUGCAAAAAAGGCACAUCUUAAGGAAUUAGGUUAGCUGUGUGUUAGAAGUUGGUUGAAUUGUAUAUGCUGGGGAGAUGCUCUGCACCCCACCCCUCCUUUUUUUGGAAAUAUUCUAGAGAACAAUUCACCUUUUUCGGCUUUGUGCACUGUAUCCACUGCUGUGUGCUAUUGAUGCACUAUUACAAUCAAACAGCCUGAACUAAUCCCUGGCCAUGGUCCUCAGUACAGACUCUGUUGGGCCAUCUAAUUCCAGUUGCUUUCAGUUUUAGAAUUGCCUUUUCAGGGGAAUUGAAAUUAAUGCCAGCUGACCAAAUUUCCAGCAAUUGCAGUGCAGCAAAAUAUAAUUGAUUUCCCCACAUACUGUGAAAUAUUGUAGGCAUUCAAGUCGUUAGUAACUUGCUUUCCUACUGGAGCUCAAUUUUAAAAAAUCAACACACCAAAAAUUGUUUAAGAAAGCCACUUAGAUUAUGAAGUAUUUUUUAACUGAAUUACACAUGAUCUACUUACCCAUAAUUUGAAUGGGUGGUUUGGGCAUCCCAUCCAUCCAUCCAUCCAUCCAUCCAUCCAUCCAAAGAUCUUUGACCAAUAUGUAACCACUCUCAUUAGGAAACUUCAACCUGUACAGCACUUAUUUAAUAAGACUGGAAACAUUGAUGUCUAGUUUUUUUACAUAAGCCUACAAAUGGACAUUGGACAUAAAUAGCCUGUAAGUGUGCCAACUCAAAAAAAUCUUUGCAUUGCCAGAUGAUUGCCAAAAGCAUUUUCCUUCAUGGGGAAUUUCAUUGAGCUGUGUUUGAAACACAUUCUGGAUUUUUUUUUUUAUCAUUUACUGAAAUUGUUGAAGCCAGUCUGAAAUCAAGACAACCUGUAAUAAGGAUUUGUUUAAAUGAAUUUAGUGAGUUAAAACAUCUCUUAUGGAGGGAAGAAAGAGCCAUGUAAAUAAAUGUAAAACUUGUAGCAUAUGUAAAUUUAUGCUGGGCUUUCCUGCCAAAAUAAAGUAUUUUUAGUACAAAACUGCUGAAUGUAAAAAGACCAUGCUAAGCACAUGGCAUGACUUUUUUUUAAAAAAAAAACUUGUUAAAAAAAAAGCUUAAAAGCACAUGUCUGUGCCAUUGCACUUCAGUGUCUGUGAGGGUAUGUGCCCAUGUUUGGCUUAGGUGAGUUGGAUUGUAAAAGUUGGUACAAAGAGAAGCACUGCUUUUUAAAGGUAAAACAACAAAAGAAUGUUUUUAAAACCAGGGAUGCAAUCAAGUUCCUAUUAAUUGCAGGAGCAAAACUUUUAUUAAAUGGAACUGAAUUGUAUUCCUAGGAUGCAAUCAUAAGAACACUUACUUGAAAGCAGGACACUGAUUAUACAGUAGAAUACUUGAGCGUGUUUAGGACUGGGCUGCAUUCCAAAACAAUUAAGCAUCCAGUCCUGUUUGAUAAUACUGGGACUGAAGCACACAACCACUUGAUUUCAGCCAGUAAAGGUCGUUUUCAUUUUGGAUGUAUUAAGUAACUUUAGCAAAGACAACCUAUAUUAGAAACUUCAGUACCAAAAUGGUGGUAAGUUUAAAAUACAGACGCCAAAACCCUGUAUUGUAUUUGUGAAGGCCUAUUCUUACUUGUGAUUCCUGUUGGGUAUUGGGAUUUGUUUUGGAACUAUCCAUUUGAACUUAAAACUUUUUUGGGUAGUUUUGUAUGAGGUCACUUAUUAAGUGAAUCUUUUCAUGGUAUGCCCUUAGAAACCAUUUCUCAAUUUGGUCUUCUGAACUUUGCUAACAAGUAGUAUCUUUAUUAUUUCGUGAAAUUUCAAAUGUAUGUAGGUGAUAAUGGUCUGUGAAAAAUUAAAUUCCUUCCAUAAUGAAGAUCUAAGUGGGGAUAAUAAAGAUAACUUCCAACAGUAGUCAGUAGUAAUGAAGGUGAGUGCAUAUUCAGUGACUUUGAAAACAACUUUUUGUAAAAGUCUCAGGGGUGAUUGGCUAUACAUCAUUGCACAUUCUAGCAACUUAAGACAUUCAAAAUGUUUUAGCGACAAUCAAGGUAAUGUAUUCCCAAGUAAAACAAUUGGACACUUUGGUCAAAAUUAUAAUGUCUUGUUCCCCAAGUUUAUCCUUGAUAUUUUAUAAUUGUUAUAUCCCAAAUGCAAUUUUGAUGUUCUAAAUUCCAUGUUUGACAUGCUGCUUGAAUAUGAAUCAGAAACAAAAUUUAAAUAAAAAUCCCUAACCUGUUCUCCCCCA